AAUGGCUUCAACGAGUGGCGGCAAGAAGAAGCGGAAGAGAAAAUCAACGAGUCAAGUCAUGGAGACGGACGUUGUCCAAAAGAAGAAACCAGUCUUCUCUAGCUUCCAACGGCCGACUCUAAUUGAACAACUGAAAUAUAUUCUAGCAGAAUAUCCAGACGGAGGUCAAAUACUGAAGGAACUGAUACAAAACGCCGAUGAUGCAGGGGCAAGAACGAUGGACAUACUCCUCGACGCGAGAAGAGUGAACAGGGAGGACGAAUCAAGUCAUGCACAAUACACGAAGUUCUUUCAGGCUCCUGCCCUUUGUGUUCACAACGAUGCCGAAUUUACUGAACAAGAUUGGCAAGGAAUCACAAUGAUAUAUAACAGUGUAAAGAAGCUUGACAAACUGAAAGUCGGUCGUUUUGGACUCGGGUUCAAGUCGGUUUUUCAUCUCACAGAUAAUCCCUGCAUAAUCAGUGGGAAACGCAUGCUGUUAAUGGACCCACUUCAACCGUCAGGUUGCGAAACGGCGAACAUGGAAAUAGGACAUGUCGGCGAAAUAGAAGGAUUUGAUACAAAAGCUUUCAUAAAAGUACUUGACGGAAUAUUUGGCUUCAGUCAAGAAACAUUGCAAUCCGGAUAUUAUAAAGGAACGCUUUUUUGGUUCCCUUUCCGCGAAAUUCAGACUCCGUUAUCAGACAACUUGUACACGGUGGAGAAGGUAAUGGAUUUGUUUAAGGCGUUUAAACAAGAUACACCUAGCAUUCUUCUUUUCUUAAAAUGUCUUUCAGAGGUGACAUUGGUUAAGGUAAAUCGAUCCAAACCUUUUAAAAGGAAAGUCUAUGCAAAAGUUAAAAUUGCAAACACGGAAGUAAAAUGCUUAGAAAAGAGAGCUGCGUUUGCCGACAAAGUAAGAACUAUGACACCUGAAAGCGCCGACAUUUCUUCUGUUAUGGAAGUUCCCAUUGAAUAUUUCCUUGACGAAAGUUCGAGUUCAAAUACUACUUGGCUUGUUGUAAAUUAUGUUGUUAGUAAAUCUGCUUCCGAUGACCUUAAACAACUUAUGAACGAUGAAAGCAUUGGUCUAAGUCCAUAUGUUGGCGUUGCUGCUCCUAUAACAACAACUUCUCACUUCAAUGGCCAUAUAUUCUGUUUCCUGCCUCUUCCGAAAGAAGGCUCGAAACUAACAGGGUUACCAUUCCAUGUAAACGGUUUCUUCGCCCUUAGCUCCAAUCGACACCACUUAAAAUGGGAAACUGAUGAAGAUAAAAAUCAACAGCAGUACGAUAAAAAUGUUCAUUGGAAUCACCUUAUGACAUCUGAAGUACUGCCGCGAGCUUACCGAUUAAUGUACAACGCUGCAGCCAGUAGAAGUAAUAUAUCUGGAAAUUUAGAGGAGGAUGUAAAAAAGGUGUAUGACCUUGUACCAGAUCUUGACAAUGUUAAUGAGAACUGGAAAAGUUUUGCGACAAAUAGCAUAAAAUGUAUGCAAACCGAAUAUGUUGUUUUUGCAAAUGAUGUUGGGCGAUGGGAUGUGUGUCAGAAAUGCGUAUUUGGAACAGCUGGCACGUUUGACACAGAAAACAUUAAAACGUCAAUGAGAUCCUCUAUGAAACGAAUGGGAAAGUCUUAUGUUGAACUUGAUGAAACUUCAUUGAAGACUUUGCAGGUUGUUUUUACCACGUCAGUUGUUUGUGUCUCGCCGAAUCUGAUGGCAAACUUUCUACAUGAAUCUAACGCGUACCACUGCCUCGCUGAUGACACAAAAACAGACAUAUUAGUUUACAUCUUAGCAGAUAAACAGUUUGAUCUACUGCACGGACUUGAGUUAUUGCCCCUUGCAAAUGGCACAUGGGUCUGUUUUCAAAAAAAGGGACAUACUUUAUACAUUGCAUCUGCGGAAGUGCUUGAGGUUUUUCCCGAAUUUAAAGACCGUUUCGUAAGGACAACUCUAUCACCGAAAAGCGGGAUAGCAUUCCAGGCUAUAGCUGGCACAGUGGAGAGCUAG